AUGAAGGCUUACCGGUUGCCUGACGAUGAAGCCGAAAUUGCAAUGGCCUUUGGAGUUCUAGACAUGCUAACAGUGGUAAAUCCGGAUAAGAUCAGCGUACGAGGGGUGGCGUGGGUCAAGGCCAAAAUUAAACAGCGCUGUGGAGCUAAAGGCGUGCCUUACUCUCGUGAAAAGUGGCGUCAGUUCUGGCAGAACUUUGAGAGGACAUGGCUCGAGCAAUAUCCUCCUGAGUUAUGGAAUAUUUUCAAUGUCGAGAGGAAAAUAGUCAAUCAAACCAAUAACCCACUCGAGCGAUUUCAUCGGGAGGUUAAUGCUCGUCUCAAGCGGCAGCCAUCGCUCAAACGGUUCGUCAAAACAAUUGAGGAAAUUGCACAGCACUAUGUUAUUCUCCGCAGAGGAAUCAUUUCCGGUGUUGCACAAGCACCAGCGAGAUCUACAAUGCGGUUUCCAAGAGCCGCAAAACUACCGGAGAUUGAUGAUAUUGAAGAAUCAGACAGUGAAAAUGAAGACGCUGCUGGAGCUGACUCCAAUAACAGCGACCACAUUGAGGCUGCGUUAUCAUCUGACGAAGACCUGGAGCUUCUGUACGACACCUCGUUCGAGAAUGAGGAGGCGACUGACAACUAA